GAAUCUCUAUAAGUAGACCUUUGGUACUUUAAAAAAUUCAAAUAAUAGUUUCUGACUAGACUUUUUGGAUUAAAAUUUUAGGUUAUAACAAAUGGUAACAAAAGGUACCAGAGCGGAUCCGGCCUAUGGCCCGCAACACAUAUUUAUGGGGGUUGACUAUAGUUAUUAAUUAUGGUGCUUGUGAUUUGAUUUGGAUUGUUAGCUUGAAGAGGAUGUCAGAGCUUAAGGGGGCGAGUAUGUGAUCAGAAUCUAUACAUGGUAGACUUUUGGUACUUAUACAAUGCUAAAAAAAUUCAAAUAAUACUUUCCGACCAGACUUUUUAGAGUGAGGUCUUAAGUUGCAACGGCAUGUCUUUGUUUCGAAAGCUUUUUCAAAUUAGUGCAUUUAGUAUUGUCAAAUAUUCAUCAUCAGUAACUUCUUUCAUCAGAUCAUGAUCAUCGACUACAAACUGAUCUAUCCAAGCGGUACUGCAACAGCAUUCCUCAUCAAUGGCUUUCACACUCCUCAGGGUGCCAAGCUAGCAAAGAAACAAGUAAGGACAUUAGGCAAGUUUUUCACCUUUAGCUUCCUGUGGGGAUUCUUUCAGUGGUUCUACAGUUCCAAUGAUCAGUGUGGAUUCCAAGUUUUUCCCUCAUUAGGUCUUCAAGCCUACAAGAACACGUUUUACUUCAACUUUUCCGCAGCUUAUGUCGGAGUUGGAAUGAUAUGCCCAUAUAUUGUGAACAUUUCCGUUCUCCUUGGAGCCAUCCUUUCUUGGGGAAUCAUGUGGCCGCUUAUAGGUAAAAAAGAGGGCAGUUGGUACCCACCAGGUCUCGGCCAAGGCGAUCUUCAUGGCUUGCAGGGCUACAGGGUCUUCAUAGCCAUCGCCCUGAUCCUCGGGGAUGGCCUCUACAACUUCAUCAAAGUCCUAUCUCGAGUUAUUUUCUCCUUCAUUUCCGUGGCACGGAGUAAAGGUUCCAGGAGCACGCUUCCUAUCUCAGAUGAUGAUCGUCCUACCGCCACCACCACCCCAAUAUCCUUCAACGACCGACGUCGAACCGAAUUCUUCAUUAAAGAUCAAAUUCCAAAACGAAUUGCAUUUGGGGGCUAUGUUGCCAUCGCAGCCAUCUCCAUCGCCACCCUUCCUCACAUUUUCCCUCAGCUUAAAUGGUACUUUGUCUUGCUUGCCUACAUCUUCGCACCAGUACUAGCCUUCUGCAACGCUUAUGGUUGCGGCCUCACCGAUUGGUCUCUCGCCUCCGCCUAUGGAAAGCUCGCUAUUUUCCUUUUUGGAGCUUGGGCAGGUGCUUCAAACGGCGGCGUGAUAGCAGGCCUUGCAGCUUGCGGCGUCAUGAUGAGCAUCGUGUCCACCGCUUCGGACCUCAUGCAAGACUUCAAAACAGGAUACCUGACGCUGGCCUCACCAAGGUCCAUGUUUGUUAGCCAAAUAAUUGGCACCGCAAUGGGUUGUGUGAUUGCUCCAUGUGUCUUCUGGCUUUUCUACAAGGCCUUCGAUGACCUCGGCUUAUCUGGGAGUGAAUACCCAGCACCCUACGCCUCUAUCUACCGGGGCAUCGCAAUACUCGGCGUCGAUGGCUUCUCGUCGCUGCCGAAGCACUGCCUCACUUUCUGCUACGUUUUCUUCGCUGCCGCCAUUCUCAUCAACCUGGGAAGAGAUUUCUCCGGGAAGAAGGUCGCAAGGUUUAUACCACUCCCCAUGGCGAUGGCGAUACCUUUCUACAUUGGGGCAUACUUUUGCAUCGAUAUGUGCGUAGGGAGCUUGAUACUGUUCGUGUGGGAGACGGUGAACAAGGCUCAGGCGGACGCAUUUGCGCCUGCAGUGGCCUCCGGUUUGAUAUGCGGCGAUGGGAUAUGGACGCUACCUCAAUCAGUGCUCGCCAUAGCUAAAGUGAAGCCACCGAUAUGCAUGAAAUUCCUAUCGAGGCAAGUCAACGACAAAGUGGAUGCUUUCAUUAGUGCGACCUUAUCGUAGUGUUUGCUCUUAAUUUCUUGGUUCACAAAGAAGGUAGGAAUUGGUUUCGGGGAUCGAGAGGAUGAACUGCUUAUCCACAAACACUAUAUGGCAUCUAAGUGGUCGCAUGCAUUCUGUAGUUAUGGUUUGAGUCAGCUAGUACUUGAUUUGCUUAAUUUGUGAUUCUUAUAAUGCAUGAAUUAUGAAGAAAUGAAGUUAUGGGAGGUCGGUACAAGCUAGAA